GAGCCUUUCGCAAGAAAGUGGUCGAGCUCUGUUGGCGUCCUACACCAAAAUCCCACCACCCUCUUCUUCCUCUCUCUUUCUCUCUUCUCUUUUAGCAGCACCUUUUACGCGUUUCCUUCCUCCUCAUCCAUCAUGUUUAGCUUUAGCGACGCAAGCGGAGUACGGCGCUUCAGCAGUGGUCCGGGCGGCAAGGCCAUGUCUUUUCUAAACAGCUGGAUCAUGCUCACCAUGGUUGGCAUGGUGAACCAGUUGCCAGCCAUACUCCACCUUCUGUACCGCCGCUUCAAGUUGUGGUGGUCCAACGAGAUGCAGAUCACCAUUUCUCAGGAAGAUCGGGAUUGGUACAGCAACAGCAAGGUCUUCUCUGCCGUCGAGACUUACCUCAGCACCAGGUCAACCGACGACGCUCGUCGGAUGAAGGCAUACACUAAUCACAACAGCCAUCAUCUCACGCUCACAAUGGACGAUGCUCAACAUAUCGUCGACGUCUUCACGCCGAAGGUUGACGACGAUGGUAAGAAGAAGGACAAGACAAUCAAGGUGAGGUGGACUUUCUACUGCCGGGACGGGACGGGAACGACUCAACGAGGGAACGAGGAGACGAAGUUCUAUACGCUCAAGUUCAGUGCUCGACAUCGAUCGGUGGUGUUGAACCAAUACCUUGUGUACAUCAUGGAGAGGAGCCAGGAGAUCGAGCAGAAGAACCGGCAGCGGAAUCUCUACACCAACACCAUGAGCAGCCACAUGCACUGGACGAAGGUGGUGUUCAGGCACCCGGCGACUUUUGCAACGCUCGCAAUGGACCCCAAGAAGAAGCAAGAGAUCAUGAAUGACCUAGAGACUUUUAGCAAGAGCCGGGACUACUAUGUCAAGCUCGGCAAGACCUGGAAGCGCGGCUACCUUCUCUAUGGUCCACCGGGCUCGGGCAAGUCCACCCUAAUCGCUUGCAUGGCCAACUUGCUCGACUACGAUGUCUUCGACCUCGAGCUCACCGGCAUCGAGGACAACACCGAGCUCCGCCGUCUGAUUGUGAACACUACAAGUAAGUCGAUCAUCGUGAUCGAGGACAUCGACUGCUCCAUCCAUCUCUCCGGCACCCGAGAAAUUAAAGGAGUCAACCAUAACAACGAAGAAAAUGUCAAUGAGGAGAUGGGGCAGAACAAGACGGUAGACAAUGGGCAGAGCAAAUUGACGCUCUCGGGGUUAUUGAACUUCGUCGACGGUCUGUGGGCUGCAUGCGGGGGCGAGAGGCUCAUUGUUUUCACAACCAACCAUGUGGGGAAACUAGACCCAGCGUUGGUGAGGAGGGGGAGGAUGGAUGUGCAUAUCGAGCUUGGGUACUGUGGUUUUGAAGCAUUCAAGGUAUUAGCCAAAAAUUACUUGGAAGUGGAGGAGCACCCACUGUUCGACAAGGUGAAGGAAUUGUUGGAGAAGGUGAAGAUCACACCUGCAGACGUUGCGGAGCAGCUGAUGCCAAAGAAGCUACUUGCAGACGACAAGGCAAAUCGGUGUUUGGAGGGAUUGGUUCAAACACUAGAGAAUGCCAUCAAAGAUGGAGGAAAGAAGGGGGAGAGGGACGCUAUGUAGGAGGAAGAA